GGCUUUGCCCUUCCUCGUGUGCACUAUCGGGUUCGAUAAGCCCAUGCGCCUGGCGAGGGCUGUCUUCGAGCAUCCAGGUGUUUUGGGAGAUAGCGCAGACUCGGUUACCUCGAAUGGCAAGCACUCGAAGAAGAGCGUCAGGCAUGCUGCUCCGGAUGCCGGUGGGAUAGUUCUGGACGCCCUGAAGAGCUGCUACGUCCCAAUCUUCCGCGACUAUGUAUUGGAGAUCAUCGUCCUUUUUGCUGGUGCUCGCAGCGGUGUCGGAGGUCUUAAGGAGGUCUGCGCACUCGCGGCUGUUACCCUCGCCUGGGAUUGCCUGCUCCUCUGCACCCUGUUCAGCGCCAUCCUGACCAUCAUGGUCGAGGUCCGCCGUAUCAAGACGCUGCGCUCGACGAUCUCCCGGACCUCCAGCAUGGCAAGCAUGCGCGGCCUGGCUACCAAGAUCACCGCCUACACGCCCAGUGGCAGCCCGCGCACCAGCGCGCUCAAGCAUGCCAUCGAGCCCAACAGCCAGUCCCCGCCCACGUCGCCCUCCAUCGGCUCGCAGCUCCAGAAGCGCGUCGAGAGCGUGCUCGGCGUCAAGGGCGCCAUGCUCGGCAAGGGUCGCCUGCACGACUACGACGAGGAGCGGAACGCGGAGCGCGAGAGCCCCGUCGCGCGUCUCAAGCUGCUGCUCAUCGCGUCCUUCCUCACGCUGCACGUGCUCAACCUCAUCACGCCGCUCACCUCUGGCCCUCGGCAGCGCGCGCCGCAGCCCGGCGGCCCCGUCGGUGCGAGGAAGGUCGAUAUCGGGACGCCCGCGGUGCAGAAGGUGCUCGACGAGCUUGUGAGGGUUGAGGUGCCGGUGUACUCGGUGCAGGAUGUGGAGACGAGCUGGGACCGCGACGUCGAGCUGCUGGUGCGCGUGGACCCGCCGCUGCACGUGAGCAUUGCGGGUGGCGAUGUGCCCAUUUCAGCGGACGACAAGGCCUCCGACCUCUACCCUCACCGUACGCCACAACCUAGCGACUAUCCUAUCAGCCGGAUCGACAGCAGGUUCAUGACUUCGGUCAGCGAUUUGAUGACGUCGUUGACGCGGAUGGUGGCGGACCCGCUGCUCUCGAAGUGGAUUGUCAUCUUGCUGGCGAUUAGCGUCUCGCUCAACGGGUACCUGCUCAAGGGCAUUGCCGCUGGGCUCAGCAAGGACUACAGCCUGAACAGCGAGGGAGUCCGCUUCAAGAGUGUCGAGCGUGGUCGCUCAUCUGGCGCACGCGUCGAGGAGGAGAAGGAGUCUGUCAAGCUUGGCAACUCGAUCACUCGCCAGGCAGCCCCGCCGUCCGUCCCGAUCCCCGCGCCCGGUGCUACUUCGGCUCCCGCUACAGCGCAGAUUCCCGCAACUGGCACCCCCGCUGUCACCGUCGCCCCUCAGCCGAUCUACCGUCCUGCGCCUCUCCCGGUCGUGCCUACGUUCUCCCUCGACGAUGUCGAUCGCAAGCUGCAGGAGCGCAAGAAGCUGCAGAUCACCAUGGGCGGGUCCGACUCGAGCAGCGAUGAUGAGAGCGCGGACAACACCAACGUCCGGUCACUGGAGGAGUGCAUUGAGAUCUUCAACAAUGGUCCGCGUCCCCUGAGCGAGAGCCUCAAGCUGCUUAACGACGAGGAGAUCAUUCUGCUCUCGCAGAACGGCAAGAUCGCCGCAUACGCCUUGGAGAAGUCGCUUGGCCUGGACAAGAAGGGUCUCGAGCGCGCCGUCAGGAUUCGGAGAGCUCUCAUUUCGCGCGCCUCGAUCACCAAGACGCUCGAGUACUCAGACAUCCCCAUGACCAACUACGACUACUCCCGCGUCUUCGGCGCAUGCUGCGAGAACGUCGUCGGCUACAUCCCCAUCCCCCUCGGUAUUGCCGGUCCCCUAAAGAUCGACGGCGUCAAUGUCCACAUCCCUAUGGCCACCGCCGAAGGCACCCUCGUCGCUUCUGCCUCUCGCGGCUGCAAGGCGCUCAACGCCGGUGGCGGAGUUACGACCGUGGUACACAAGGACGGCAUGACGCGCGGCCCCGCCAUCGACUUCCCCUCCGUCGUGCAGGCUGCCCAAGCCAAGCAGUGGAUCGACUCCGCGGACGGCUACAACGCGAUCAAGACCGCCUUCGAGAGCACGUCGCGCUUCGCGAAGCUGAAGAGCCUGCAGACUGCGAUCGCGGGUCGCACGCUGUUCGUGCGCUUCGCGACAUCGACGGGCGACGCGAUGGGCAUGAACAUGAUCUCGAAGGGCACCGAGAAGGCGCUCGAGGUGCUGCAGCAGGCGUUCCCGGAGAUGGUCACGCUCGCGCUGAGCGGGAACUACUGCACGGACAAGAAGCCGGCGGCGAUCAACUGGAUCGAGGGCCGUGGCAAGAGCGUGGUGGCGGAAGCCGUCGUGCCUGGUCGUGUCGUGAAGAGCGUGCUGAAGACGACGGUGGACGCGCUGUGCAACCUGAAUGUCAAGAAGAACUUGAUUGGUAGUGCUAUGGCGGGCAGCAUCGGCGGCUUCAACGCACAUGCGGCCAACAUCCUCACGGCGAUCUUCCUUGCUUGCGGUCAGGAUCCGGCGCAGAACGUCGAGAGCUCGAACUGCAUGACCCUCAUGGAGCCAACAAACGACGGCGAAGACCUGCUCAUCACCGUGACCAUGCCCUCCAUCGAGGUCGGCACCGUCGGCGGCGGCACCGUGCUCGCACCACAGCAAGCUAUCCUUGAGAUGCUCGGCGUCAAGGGUGCCCACCCUACCUCCCCCGGCCAGAACGCGCAGACCCUCGCCCGCAUCGUCGCCGCCGCCGUCAUGGCCGGCGAGCUCUCGCUCAUGAGCGCCCUCGCCGCUGGACACCUCAUCCGCGCGCACAUGACGCACAACCGCUCGCAGGUCAACACGCCCGCGACAAGCCAGCCCGUCACGCCCGGCGGCACCCUCCCGCCAGCGGGGCCGGCGCAAUUACCGGAGAAGCCUGUCACUGCGACCGACGCGUCGAAGGGCGAGCCCAAACCUGAGGGCCCAUCUGUGCCGGUCUCCCUCUCGACGUCGUCCUCCAUGGGCUCAUUACCGCCGCUGCCCCCGUACUCGGAAUCCAAGUAACCUGGGUUCGACUCGUAUCGGGUUCUGUUGGCUUCUUUGCUUGCUUUCGCGCACCUCAUGUACACUACGCACUUUUAUUCACGCUAUACACACCCUGCUUGACACUCACUCACCACUGGGACGCGCGCAGAAACACUCACAUCACAUCGCUGGAUCUACUCACCCUGCCCUCCGUCUCUUGUCUUAUCACUACUUGCUUGCGUACUACAUUCUGCGUUGGAUGUACGGUUGGGUCUCCUUAGGCUAGUGAUGUUGUGCAAUAAUAUGGAAAGAUAGAAAUCGCA